CGUAGUCUUCAGAGCUCGAUACAAGUAAAAGUAAUCUCGUUGUGUAGAAUGAGAAUGAUUUGGGUCUGCAUGCUUUUUAUGGAAUAGUUUUCUCGAGUGAUUUGUGAUAAAAUAAAUUAUUGUCGAUUGCGGUUAUUCAUCUGUGUGAAGUGUUACCUACCAUAAAUAUAUUUUGAAUUAUUUGAGCAAAAACCAUUCGAGAAUCUUUGACUAUCAUCUAAGCAGUGGCAAGUGUCCCUCGAUUUGAUUUGACCGGCAAAAGUGCAGUGGUGAGGAGGCAUGGAUGAUGGGAAGAAGAAGAAGGAAGACAAGCCAGCGCACCCGCGGGAAACUGCCAACGUCUUCUCUGCUCUGACCUUCGCAUGGACGCUGGGUCUGUUCCGAGAAGGUAACAGAAGAGACCUGGAAGUUGAAGAUCUCUACGUUCCCCUCAAGGAACACACUUCCAACGUACUCGGAGACAGAAUAGAGAAGAAAUGGAGGGAAGAGUGCAAGAGAGCCGCUAUAAAGAAGAGAGAGCCCAGUUUGUUGAGAGUUCUGCUCAGAAUAUUCGGACCCAAACUGAUGGCUUAUGGACUUGUCUUGGCUAUAGUCGAGAAUGUCUUCAGGGUAUCCCAGCCAUUAUUCCUCGGCAAGCUGAUAGAGUACUUCACCCGAGAUGGAGGUGGCACUGUGAGCAAGGAUGAAGCGUACUUCUACGCUGGAGGAGUCGUCAUGUGUUCAGCACUCAGCGUGUUCAUCAUGCAUCCGUACAUGCUCGGCAUCAUGCACAUAGGCAUGAAGAUAAGAGUCGCCUGCUGCUCGCUCAUAUACAGGAAGGCCCUGAGACUCAGUAAGACAGCCCUAGGACAGACCACUGUAGGUCAAGUGGUCAACCUAUUGUCCAACGACGUCUCCAGGUUUGACAUAUGCACCAUCUUCGUACACUUUCUGUGGGUCGGUCCGCUAGAGACGAUCGUUGUGCUGUACUUCCUAUGGAACUUUGUAGGACCUGCGUCAGUCUUCGGUGUAUGUGUGCUGCUUGCUCUAAUACCUCUGCAAGCAUGGCUGGGCAAGAUGACGUCAGGGCUGAGGAUGAGAACAGCUCUGCGGACUGACGAGAGAGUCAGACUGAUGAAUGAGAUCAUCUCAGGAAUACAAGUCAUCAAGAUGUACACUUGGGAGAAACCCUUCGCCUACCUUGUCUCACAGGCUAGGAAGCGAGAAAUCAAAGAGAUUAGAGGAGCCUCGUACAUCAGAGGACUUCUGCUUUCUUUCAUCAUCUUCCACUCCAGAGUCGCCAUCUUUGUCAGUAUUUUCGUUUACAUUCUAAUGGGCAACGCCAUCAACGCUGAAAAGGUUUUUGUUGUCACUUCAUACUUCAAUGUAUUGAGACAGACCAUGACAGUGUUCUUCCCUCAAGGUAUCGGACAAGUAGCAGAAGUACUCAUCUCUAUCAAACGACUCCAGACAUUCCUCAACUACGACGAGACCACUCUACAGCAAGCUCCAGAGAUUAUGAAGGCCAACGGGACAAAGUCAGAGAAGGACGAAGAAGUGGAGCCAAUAUUCCGAGCGCCCAGAGAGGACGCAAGGACAAAGGUGGCGGCAGACGAGGGUAUCACUGUGACCAACGCGACGGCACGAUGGACUCCUGAGGUUGCAGACGACAGUUUGAGCCACAUCAAUCUGCGAGUUGUUCCUGGGAAACUCACGGCCAUCAUCGGGCCUGUGGGCAGCGGCAAGACGUCACUGCUGCAUGCGUUGUUGGGAGAACUGCCUCUCAAGACAGGGAGUGUAUCUAUACCAGAGAAUGUGUCCUACGCCAGUCAAGAACCGUGGCUGUUUGCUGGUAGCGUCCGUCAGAAUAUAUUGUUUGGCUCACCCUACGAUAGAGAAAGGUAUCGUCAGGUGGUGCGAGUGUGUGCUCUGAAGGCUGAUUUUGAACAGUUCCCGUACGGAGACAAGACCAUUGUAGGAGAGAGAGGGGUGUCACUCAGCGGAGGACAACGAGCUCGCAUCAACUUGGCCAGGGCUGUGUACAAGGAUGCAGAUGUGUAUCUACUAGACGACCCUCUGUCAGCCGUGGACACUCAUGUAGGGAAACAUCUGUUUGAAGAUUGUGUCACAGGCUACUUGAGGAAGAAGACAGUAAUUUUGAUCACGCAUCAAAUCCAGUACCUGGGCUUGGUCGAUCACGUAGUUGUGAUGAAUAAUGGAAGCAUAGACAGCGAGGGAACCUACCAGGAGCUGCAAGGAAGGAAUUUGGAGUUCCUGAGAUUAAGCAAUUCAGAAGAAGAAGCUAAUGAAGAGGGCAAUCAAAACAGAAACCUUCAGUGGCAGAGUAUACAAGACCUACAUGAUGUCAGGAGGCAACUGUUGUAUGCUCAUGUUGUUGUGGUGAUGUUACAGUCAGUCAGGAGUGUGGCCUCUUCCAUGGAGGAUGGCAAGAUACAGGAUGAGCCUCCUGAGAUAGCAGAGAUGAGGUCCAAGGGUACAGUCAGUGGCAGAGUAUACAAGACCUACAUGAAGUCAGGAGGCAACUGUUGUAUGCUCAUGUUCUUUCUGGCAACUGCUGUAUUGACUCAGCUGUUAGCCAGUGGUGGAGAUUACUGGAUCACAUAUUGGGUUAACUUGGAAGAGUACGGAUACGUUAAGUCUGAGAGUGCCUCAUCCAUUGCCCAGCCACUACAGCAGUCUCUAGCCCAACCCCUUCUACAGGUUACCAACGCCAGCUUUACGACUACGACAAUGCUGCCAAGCACUGCUACCAACACUACAGAGACCACACUCUUGAGUCUGCCGCUCACUAGAGAUAUGUGUGUAUAUGUGUUCUCCGCCAUAACUGCAGCUACUGUGAUCGUCACGUUGUUCCGCUCUUAUCUCUUCUUCUACCUGUGUAUGCGAGCGUCCCGUCGUCUGCAUGACACCAUGUUCAACUCCAUCACUCGCGCCACAAUGCACUUCUUCAACACUAACUCCUCUGGUCGUAUUCUCAACAGAUUCUCCAAGGACAUGGGGUCAAUUGACGAACAGCUGCCAGCCGCUCUUAUAGACUGCUUACAGAUUGGACUGAGCCUGAUAGGCAUCAUCGUGGUGGUAGGCCUGGUCAACUAUUGGCUCAUGGUUCCCACCGUGUUCAUCGGAAUACUCUUCUACUUCCUGCGCAACUUCUAUCUCUCCACCUCACGCAGCGUUAAACGCUUGGAAGGAGUCACUCGCAGUCCUGUGUUCUCUCAUCUGAACGCUUCUCUGCAAGGCCUGACCACCAUCAGAGCAUUCCACGCACAACAGAUCCUGGAGAAGGAGUUUGACAACCACCAGGAUCUCCAUUCUUCAGCAUGGUAUAUCUUCAUUGCAUCAAGUAGAGCGUUUGGGUUUUGGCUGGAUGGAGUUUGCCUCAUCUACAUUGCAUUGGUGACAUUUAGUUUCCUCUUCAUGGGAUCAGAGACGUUUGGAGGCAAUGUUGGUUUGGCCAUCACACAGUCCAUCGGCCUCACAGGGAUGUUCCAGUGGGGCAUGAGACAAUCCGCAGAGCUCGAGAACCAGAUGACAUCCGUAGAGAGAGUCAUGGAGUACACUGACAUUGAGAAAGAACCACCACUGGAAUCUCCACCUGACAAGCAGCCGCCCGCCACUUGGCCAGACGAAGGUCGGGUCACUUUCAAUAGAGUGUUCUUGUCAUACGGACCCAAUGAGCCUCCAGUGCUCAAGAACCUCAACUUCACCAUCGCUCCCAAAGAAAAGGUAGGUAUUGUAGGCAGGACGGGCGCUGGUAAGUCUUCACUGAUUGCGGCUCUGUUCCGUCUGGCCGAGGUGCAGGGAGAGAUAGACAUCGACUACAUCGUCACCUCCUCCAUCGGCCUUCAUGAGCUACGCAGCAAGAUCUCCAUCAUCCCACAGGAACCCGUGUUGUUCAGUGGAACUGUGCGCAAGAAUCUCGACCCCUUCGACCAGUACACGGACUCGGUGCUGUGGAACGCACUCGAGGAGGUUGAACUGAAGGAAGUCAUCAAGGACUUGGCAGGAGGGCUGAAUGGCAAGAUGUCGGAAGGAGGCAGCAACCUGAGUGUGGGACAGCGGCAACUUGUAUGUCUGGCCAGGGCGAUCGUCCGCAACAAUCGCAUACUGGUCAUGGACGAAGCCACGGCCAAUGUCGACCCUCAGACCGAUGGCCUGAUCCAGAGCACUAUCCGUCGCAAGUUUGCCGAGUGUACAGUGCUGACCAUCGCACAUAGACUCAAUACUGUCAUGGACUCGGACAAGGUGUUGGUCAUGUCAGCAGGAACAGCUGUGGAGUUCAACCAUCCUCACAUUCUGCUGCAGAACCAGGAGGGAGUUCUGUAUGGAAUGGUGGAACAGACUGGCAAAGUCACACGAGACCUUCUACACAACAUUGCUGCUGCCAGCUACAGGAGAAAACAUAAAGAAGAAGUCACAUCGAGUACAGAAAGUAAAAAGACGUCAUAGAAGUAAUACGAGCCAUGGGUGUACAGUCUCCAUGGUAAUUUGCUGGUGCUAAACACUCGACAUCAACAAUCGAGUGUCAACUUAUCUGUCUAGUAUCGCCGUAGUUCCUAUGUGAUCUUCUCUGCUGAUUGUCAGCUGUUUCACACAAACCCUCGUAUUCCGACUGUAUAAACAGUGUCGUGUUUUUAAAGACUCUCGUUCCAUCAAGUCAUAUAAACUGUAAACUACUCAUUUAAUACGUAUUUAUUUACAUAAGCGGUAUCUUUGAGUUUCCAUUAUUAUUAGUUCUUAAUUGUGAUCAACUGAUGUAAUCAGUUAUACAGAUGCUUAGAGAUUUCUGUCUGUGAUAUGUAAUCUUUGUUUGGUUACAAAAAAAUGAAUCACAUGUUUUAUGAAUGUUUUAAACAACAAUCAUCUCCGAAAGAACUCUAUAACAGUGGUUUAGUUUGAGUUCUUCUUUGUCAUGAAAGAAUUACGCUUUAAUAUUUGCAAUUAAAUCUAAGACAAACAUUUUGACAUCACUUCUAAUAUAUGAACCGGUGGUGCUUUAGAUGCACUUAAUUAUUGAAUAAGUGGUGCUUUAGAUGUGUUCUCUGGAUAAAUAUGUACAAACGAUGUAAGCAUUCUUAAAACUUAUAAUGUACAAUUUGUUAGUUUGUUCAGAGCUUUCAUGUUACAUUAACUCCGUAUGGAGAAAAUCGUUGAUUAUAUUUUUUUCAAUGAACACUUUAAAUAUUCAUUUUAAAAACCACCUUAAGAUGAACAACUAUUUUUCUCCUUAAAUUUUCUUGAGUCAGAGAGCUCCACUCAACUUACGUACCGUAAUAAAAGUGUUGAAUCAGACAUUAACAGGGUUUUAAAUCUUAGAUUUCAUUCACUAUUGUUUUACAUUAUGUGUUUUACAAAAUAUCAUCUAAAAGUGUGUUAUGUUAUAAAUUAUAUGCAUCGUGAUUUACUUUUUACUAUGCUAUAUUUUAGUGCCUUUUCAAGUGCCUAAAUUUGCAUACAUAAUUAAUUGUAUUAUUUUAUUCGUACUUUAGUUUGUUUUUAAUUUGUUACAUUACAUGCUUCAAUUCAAUCACAGGUAAAUUUAGAAGAUAAGUAUUUAGUUCAAUGUGUUCUAUAAUAUUUUUAUAAUUUGUAAACA